AUGCAACGCUGGUUUUUCUUGAAAGAAACUAAGAAGUUGCAAAAAAAAAUAUCAAAAAAAAUGUCUGGGAAACAAAUAACUGAAGAAAAGGAGAUUGAAUCACAAGAAUGGGUGUUCACUGUGUCUGUACCAGAAAUUGCUCCGAGGGAAAAAGUUUAUUUAACGGGAAGUACAACUGAACUUGGGGAAUGGGAUUACAAAAAAGCUGUCCCUCUCGAAAAUGUAGAAAACACUGAUAUGUGGACUAAAACUGUAAUUAUACCAAAUACUUGUGAUGUAUACUAUCGCUAUGCAAUAUGUCUUGUCAAUACUGAAACAAAUGACAUUAUAGUUCGCCGCUGGGAAACUCACAUACACCCAAGAGUUAUAAAGGAAACAAUGCUUCAUCCUCAUACUGAUAUAUUUGGUUAUAAUGAAGGAAUAUACAAGGUUAAUAAAGGCUGGCUUACCUUUCAAACAUUAAUCCAGUUUAAAUUUAUGCACAACCCUUUAAAGUUAAAAAGUCGCUUAAUUGGCCGCCUCAUGAAUAUUAAAGUAACACCUGUUAAACUGUCUUUUGGGGCUGAGCCACAAAUUGAAGAAUCCUCCUUAAGUACAGAUACAAUGGAAGCAGAAGUUCCUUGUGGGGUUUUUGUGGAAGUAGCUACUCUUGAAAAUGACCCCAUGGUUUGUCACCUGCAACCUCAAGAACAAUUUGGAAGAGAAUACAAGCCCAAUGAUGUAUUGCUAGUAAAUCUGUUUGCCCCGAAUCCUAAAGGUCUAGCAUAUCUUAUAGAUUUUUAUUCAUACAGUACUAGGGCAUCUGUAGAAGAUCCUCCUUGUCAUGUUGGUUACACUUAUGUGUUACCUAAUAUGUUUAAGCCAUCUGAGGGCUCAUUAGAAUUACCAGUUACAUGUAAUGUGAAACAUCGGCCAUUAGGUACUAUUAAUUUUGAAUACCUUAUAAUUUCUCCAAUGGAAGAUGGUUUGUGUAACUUAGAAGUUUCCUAUACAAAACACUGGGAUCCUUCAUGGACUGGAUUGGAAGUUGGUCACAGAGGUUUAGGUGCCAGUUUCAAAACAAAAGAGGGAAAUGCCAUUCGUGAAAAUACUAUAGCUUCUCUUAAAAAAGCAGCUGCCAGUGGAGCAGACAUGCUGGAAUUUGAUGUGCAACUAAGUAAAGACAUGAUACCUGUUAUUUAUCAUGACUUUCAUGUGUGUAUUUCUAUGAAAAGAAAAAAGGAAGUUGACUUCACAGAAAUGCUUGAAUUGCCAGUAAAAGACUUAACCCUGGAGCAUCUGCAGAAAUUGAAGGUUUAUCAUUUAGUAGAAGGACGAAAUCACGAAAUUCUUUUCUUCGAUGAAGACCUCGAGGAGCAUCAGCCAUUUCCAACUCUUGAAGAAGCCCUGAAGAGUUUAGAUGAGCAUGUUGGCUUCAACAUUGAACUUAAAUGGACCAUGGAACUCAAUGAUGGCACGUUUGAAUUGAACAAUCCAUUUGAUAUGAACACAUAUGUAGAUAAGGUCUUGGAAGUGGUACUAAAACAUGCUGGACAAAGGAGAAUUGUACUUUCCUGUUUUAAUCCUGAUAUAUGUACAAUGGUCCGUUACAAACAAAACAAAUAUCCUGUAAUGUUUCUCACAGUGGGUGUGACAGAGAAAUACCAGCCGUAUCGCGACCCACGUUGUCUAUCCAUACCUGCUGCAGUACAGAAUGCCAUCAGCUCCGACAUCCUCGGCAUUGUGGUACAUACAGAGGAUUUACUUAGAGAUCCUACACAGGUCAAAUUAGCCACCGAUGCCGGUCUAGUCAUAUUCUGUUGGGGCGAUGAAAAUAAUGACAAAAAUACUAUAAAGAAACUCAAAGAAAUGGGUUUGCAUGCUGUGAUAUAUGAUAAACUGGACCAGUACACCACCAAAGAAGUGAAGGAAAGUAUAUUCCUGAUGGAGGCGCGAGAUUCGCAGCGUGAUAUCAUGAGGUUGGCUGCAUUGGACGCGUUGCCUACCGAUAGCACGUCGAGCCGUUCCCGAUCCCCCUCUCGCCAGUUGUCGCCGGCUCAAUCCUCCGGGGACGGGCAGCUCUAUCUCGAUCUAAAAGCGCGCCAAAAAGCGGCCCGCUCAACUGUCACGUCGCUGGAAUCACUCGCCUCGUCCAUAGACAUCCGCGAUGAACCCGAACGUAAUCUUAAGCGGAACAAGGAUCUCAUUAUGAGCAUAGACAGGGAGUCACAAAUUAAAGAGCAGAGGAAUUCGUUUAAGGGCAUCUUCCCCGCUCCCAAUACGACCACGGCAUCGCCGAAAAAAUCCAGAAAAAGCGACUUAUCUUGA